AUGGCAAAAUUAGCUUACACGUCGACGUCACCGUUAGCACUUUCAACUUCGAGACAGUUGUUCGGUUGUGUUGUGUUUUCCUCCACCAAAUGUUUGUGUGUACACGUGGUCAGUUUCAGACAAGCCACCCGGCCCCGGCCCCCUCCUCCACCUCCACCACCACCACCACCGGAGAGCCUCCCCGCCCCUCCUCGCCCCGCCUUACCGGCUCCCCCCGGCGCGGAACCAGCCUGUGGUGGAGUUUCUCCGCCUGCAGCAGCAGGGGCGACGUGUGGAGGAGUCUCGGUACUUCGCAGGGGACUUCCUCCUCCAUCGCCUUCCUCAGCCUCUCUCACUCUCUGUCUCCGUCCCCGUCCCUUCUUCCACUCGACGGUCCUGAGACUCAAAAUCAUGGGCGUUCCGGGUCUCGGCUCGACGCUUCUCCUCCUGGGUUCCGUGGUUGCCAUCGCCGGCGUUUGCGCCGCGGGCUCCGACGCCCCGCGGGGAGUCGCGGUCGGGUUCGUUUUCGACCCCAAAGCGAAGUGCGAGCCUCCGUGCGAACACGCAGGAAUCUGCAUCCGCAACAACACAUGCUUCUGCUCCAGGGGCUACGAAGGGGAGACCUGCCAGUAUGCCAAUUGUUAUCCCAAGUGUAAGAAUGGAGGAGAGUGUCUUCGCCCUGGAAAAUGCAGAUGUCCUCCUGGAUUUGGAGGAAGAUACUGUCACAAAGUGACUUGUGAUGGAGGAUGUUGGAACGGAGGGGAAUGCAUUGCUGUCAACGGAGUGGCCAAGUGCAACUGCCCCUCAAGCUGGAGCGGCUCAAAAUGCCAAGAGGCAAGUUGUCCUCAGGGCUGCAGGAACGGGGGAAUCUGUGUGGCUCCAGGAAUCUGCAGCUGUCCGGAGGGAUGGCUGGGCGGCGCCUGCCACACUGCUGUGUGCACCCAGCCCUGCCUGAAUGGAGGGAAGUGCAUCUCUCCAAACAAAUGCCGCUGUCGCCCACCUUAUUCCGGCCCUCGCUGUGAGGACAGGAAAGAGUCUCACUAGAGUGACCCGGCCAGGCGGUCAGAGGUCAACAUGGCCCAAUCUGGGACUUUAUAUGUAAUUUUUUUUUUCUUUUGUUAAAUUCUCAUUUGACUGUACAAACAUAACAUGCAAUGUACUUUACUGUAAUUUGUGUAAUUAAAUGGAUUAAAAAAUGAA